ACCACUCCCCAUUUCUACUCACACUCGGCUCGAUCAGUGCUCGGACGAACACUCGACGCCUCCAUGGCCGCCGCCACCAGCAGCAACGCGGCAGCGCCGCCGUCGUACGACGCGCCGGAGGGCGUGGACAUCCGCGGCCGGUACGACCCGGAGUUCGCGGCAAUCCUCACGAGCGACGCGCUGGCCUUCGUGGCCGGACUGCAGCGCGAGUUCCGCGGCGCCGUCCGGUACGCCAUGGAGCGCCGGCGGGAGGCCCAGCGGCGGUACGACGCCGGCGAGCUGCCCCGGUUCGACCCGGCGACGAGGCCCGUCCGCGACGGCGACUGGGCGUGCGCGCCCGUGCCGCGGGCCGUCGCCGACCGCACCGUGGAGAUCACCGGCCCCGCCGAGCCGCGCAAGAUGGUCAUCAACGCCCUCAACUCCGGCGCCAAGGUCUUCAUGGCUGACUUCGAGGACGCGCUGUCGCCGACGUGGGAGAACCUGAUGCGCGGGCAGGUGAACCUGCGCGACGCGGUGGCCGGCACGAUCACCUUCCGCGACGCGGCGCGCGGCCGGGACUACAGGCUCGGCGACCGGCCCGCGACGCUCUUCGUCCGCCCCCGCGGCUGGCACCUCCCCGAGGCGCACGUCCUCAUCGACGGCGAGCCGGCCAUCGGCUGCCUCCUCGACUUCGGCCUCUACUUCUUCCACAACCACGCCGCCUUCCGCGCCGGCCAGGGCGCCGGCUUCGGCCCCUUCUUCUACCUCCCCAAGAUGGAGCACUCGAGGGAGGCGAGGAUAUGGAAGGGCGUGUUCGAGAGGGCGGAGAAGGAGGCGGGGAUAGGGAGGGGGAGCAUCAGGGCGACGGUGCUGGUGGAGACGCUGCCGGCGGUGUUCCAGAUGGAGGAGAUCCUGCACGAGCUGCGGGAGCACUCGGCGGGGCUCAACUGCGGCCGCUGGGACUACAUCUUCAGCUACGUCAAGACGUUCCGCGCCCGCCCCGACCGCCUCCUCCCCGACCGCGCCCUCGUCGGCAUGGCCCAGCACUUUAUGCGCUCCUACUCCCUCCUCCUCAUCCGCACCUGCCACCGCCGCGGCGUCCACGCCAUGGGCGGCAUGGCAGCGCAGAUUCCGAUCAAGGACGACGCGGCGGCGAACGAGGCGGCGCUGGAGCUGGUGCGCAAGGACAAGCUGCGGGAGGUGCGCGCCGGGCACGACGGGACGUGGGCGGCGCACCCGGGGCUCAUCCCGGCGAUCCGGGAGGUGUUCGAGGGCCACCUCGGCGGGAGGCCGAACCAGAUCGACACCGCCGCCGCCACCGCGGGGAACACCGGCGACGCCUUCGCCAUCACGGAGGAGGACCUGCUCCAGCCGCCGCGAGGUGCGCGCACGGUGGAGGGCCUGCGCCACAACACCCGCGUCGGCGUGCAGUACCUCGCGGCGUGGCUGUCCGGCUCCGGCUCCGUGCCGCUCUACAACCUGAUGGAGGACGCCGCCACGGCGGAGAUCAGCCGCGUGCAGAACUGGCAGUGGCUCCGCCAUGGCGCGGCGCUCGACGCCGGCGGCGUGGAGGUCCGCGCGACGCCCGAGCUGCUCGCGCGCGUCGUGGAGGAGGAGAUGGCGAGGGUGGAGGCGGAGGUCGGCGCCGAGAGGUUCCGGCACGGCCGGUACGCGGAGGCCGGCAGGAUGUUCAGCCGGCAGUGCACCGCGCCGGAGCUGGACGACUUCCUCACGCUCGACGCGUACAACCUCAUCGUGGUGCACCACCCCGGAGCAUCGUCAACAUGCAAACUCUGAGAACCUGAGCAGAACACGAUGCCAUGCCACCAUACACAUGUACCAGUUCCAGAAUAAUGUCCUCGUUGUCUAGCUGUAGCUGCAUGUAACAAGGACGAGGCUUCAUGUUUGAUAUUACCCCAGUUCUUAUUCCCGUGAAUUCCGAUGAGUGCUAAUAAAUAUUGACAAAUAUAUAAAACAUUAAUAUUAAUUC